AUGAUGGAACAAAAAAAAAUUCACGGAAAGAGAAAUAACGGAUACAAGGCAAAGUAUUCUGGGAAGGUAUUCGCAAAUCAUGCAAACAUGAAGAAUCAAAAUGUGAACGCAAAUAAGCAGCAACAUGAUUUUGCCACAGCGGAAGCAGCAUGGAUGGAAAAGAAGCAAAAGUUGUACAAAGACACAAAUAAUCAGCCCUUGUGGGAUUUUAGAAAAAUACAAAUCAACCCAACCGACACAGAUGAGUUAAUUAGCUUUCCAUCUAAUCAGAUAUCCUCAAACAGGUAUGGCACAUAUUCCUUCCUCUUUAAGAGCCUAUAUGAGCAAUUCUUACGAUUACCAAACAUAUGGUUUUUGACCAUUUGCCUACUAGAAUUUAUUCCCGCUUUUCAGAACCUCUCAAACUAUAUGUACUACACUAAGCAAUCAUCCAUUUAUUUGCUAGCGUUUUUUGUAUGUGUAUCUAUUGUGAAAAAUGUGUACGAAGAUUCUAGGAGGUCAAAUAUAGACUCUCAGAUCAAUAAUAGGCUAUGUCACGUUGUGGACGGUUACAAUAGUGAGCUAAAAGCAGUGAAGUGGAUGGAUCUAACGGUCGGUAGUAUCAUUCGCUUGAUAGAAAAUGAACAAGUGCCUGCAGAUAUUCUCCUGCUAAGUUGCAACAACAAUGAAGGGUUGGUAUACAUAGAGACAUCGCUAAUAAAUGGAGAAACAAACUUAAACAAAAAAUGUUGUGUCAAUGAAACGAGGAAUGAAACGUCUAUCUAUGGGAUCUGCAAUAUAAGAGGAAGAAUCAUUUGUGAAAAACCAAACAGCAAUAUGGAAUCAUUUAACGGGUCCCUAAAAUUAGAUGCUCAUCCCCGUGCUACCUCCCUAUCCAUUAACAACGUUGUCUUUAAAGGGUCCUACAUAAAAAACACAGACUACAUUUUCGGAGUUAUAAUAUACACAGGAACCGAUACAAAAAUUAUGAAAAAUAUAUUAAAGAGUGUAUACAAAUCUGGAAAUGUCAACAAAGAAUUAAAUAUAUACACAAUUUUAACUAUCAUUUUUACCUUUAUUUGUGUGUUCAUAUCAGUAUUGUGCAAAUGGACAGAAGAUGAUAAGUUCAAAAAUGGGAUUCACUUUUUACUAAUUACAGUCAAGGAUAAUUUGUUUGAAUCUAUAAUAAAGUACACACUUCUCUAUUCCAAUAUCAUUCCUAUUAGCAUCCUCAUAACGGUAGACCUAAUUUCUAUUCUCCAAAGUGUGUUUAUCGAAAAUGACAAUAGAAUCAGUACCUUCGAAAAUGAAUUAUCCGAACCCUCCAUCAUGGAUGAAAAUGAUGAAAAUGCUAAUUUGAAAAUUACAAAAUCGUGUAACUUCUUUAGAAAAUACACCUUAUUUUUGAAUAAUAUUAGCGGAAAAAUUUUUACCCAGAAUAGAUUCUCUUCAAUCAACACAGAACCAAAUUUCAACAACAGAAAAAGCUUUAUAGGUACCUUUGAUAAACUCAGGGCUUUUAAAAGUUACUUUAAUAAUAGAAGCAGCGUGGUCAACUCCAAGUCCCACUCUAAUACUGCUUAUAAUAGGAGCUCCAUUGCCGAGAGCGACAGUGUGCACGGGAAACGGGCAAGCGGAAAGAAUUACUUCAUUGAAAGGGUUAAAAAUACAUUUUUGAGAAAAGAUAAACUCGUAAAUUUUGAGACCAAUAUGGUGACCAAGCAAGGUGUGCCCUACCAUGGACACGUGAAAAGUGGAUGUUCCUCUGCCGCUGCCUCUAACGCGCACGGCCCCCUGCGCGGAAAAAUCGACGUACAGUUUAGUGGAGAGGUAGAUGGGGAGGCUAACUGCCAUGUCAGAAACCACGCGGACAAUUUUUCCAAUUAUGACAGACCAACGAGGGUGAACACGGAUGGUGCGCCGAGCAGAGGGAGAAACCCACUAUACGCCCUCCUCCCAUUUUUUCGAAGACCAAAGAAGGCAAACAGAACAAUUGACGCUGUCAAAAAAGUGGAUAAAAUGAAGAGCGCCAGUAAGCGCUACUUGCAUAGGGACCAUUCUACCCCCAAAGAAGAUGAAUACGGCUGGGGAAUCUGCCUCAAUUCUAACAUGCAUGGAGAUUUAGGAAAUGUCGAUUUUAUAUUUACAGACAAAACAGGAACUUUGACAACCAAUUACAUGUCCUUCAACAUGUGUUCCAUUGGUGGUAGAACGUAUGGAGAAAGGCGACGGAAAGGGAAAAAAGGAAAAACGGGAAAAGGAAUACCUUCCAAUUAUAGUCGAACAGGAUCCUCCCACAAUGAUGAUAAUGAUGUAAGGAAAAAUAUCAGUAGCAAUCGCUUCUUUAAAAAGCGAGACUCGGAAGACGCGCUAGUAAAAAAAAUUUCCUUCGCAACCAAUAUCUGUAAUGAGUCAUCUGAUCAAUGUGAACAACCUGCUGAGGGGGUGAGCAAAAGGAAAGAUCAUCUACCUCAUCGCCAUUAUCAAUGGCAUGCGAACAACACAAGUGAGAACCAAUCGGAGAAAGCACACACGCAUGAUGCUAAUAAUCUGAAGAAAGAAGACAAAAUGUUUCCGAACUAUAAAUCCAGUUGCUUGUCCAAUUACCAAUCGAAGAGUAUAGAUAGAAAAUUCUCUGACAACUCUUUAAAUAAAUGUCCAUCCUUGCAAAAUACUGCUACGUUAUCCUCUUCCAUAUCACCAAGGUCUUCCUCCCGUUUUUCCGAUCAUACAUCUUCACCCUGUUCAUCAUCUUGCUCAUCGUCAUACUCAUCAUCGGGUUUGUCAUCUUCUUCUUCCUAUACUUCUUACCCCUCCUCCUGCGGCUCCCGCAACAACGUCAAUUCGUCCUUCUUGCGUUCCUCCUCUAACAACUAUCAUCAAGACAUGGCUAACGAUGUUGAUAGCAUCAGGAGUUACUCCGAAUUGGGGCAGGAAAAAAACACCUACACGCACCUGCAAGAUGACACUAAGGAAGAAGCUACAGACAGGGGGAGAGCAAGCGAAAGGUAUUCCCACGAAUGCCCACACGAAUGCACAAACGAAUGCCCGCACGAAUGCACAAACGAAUCCACACACGAAGCCACACACGAAAAUGCUGACCUGUCCCACUUCCUUGACCGAAAUUAUCGAACCUAUUUAAUGCAACAUAAAUUUCCGAGACCCAAAAGUUUUCGAAAAAAUAUGAACACAGGAUCUGUUAAAGCGAGGUGUGAUUUUAAUGACAAAAAAAUUUAUGAAGAUUUGAACUCAAACACAUGGAGAGGCUACUACAUUGAUGAGUUCUUCAAAUGUAUAAGUCUGUGCCAUGCAGUUGUCCCUUUCAUCGAAUUCGAUUACAUCAGAAGUAAAAACUUAACUCAUUUCCCCUCUCGGAGCUCCAAAGGAGUUUCCCAAUAUACGGAAAAGCACAGCAAUCAUCCGAAGCAACAGUCAAACGAUCUGGUUAAGGCCAAGAAUGACCUAAAUGCACAAACGUCCAUACAGUAUGAUGGUGUGCAGGAGGAGCAUGAAGAAGAAGAAGAAUAUCGGGGGGUAAGUAAAUGGGGGGAUAGACAAACCAAAUGGAUCAACGAAAUCUCAAGCAAUGACAGAAAUGCGAAAAAGAAAAAUGAAACCAAUCUCUACAAUUACAACACGUUGAAUAAUUUCAAAAAUAAACAUGAAAAAAAAAACAACAUAAAAUUUAAAUUCCUUUUUAAUAAAAAAUUUAGGAAAAAAAAAAAAAGUUACACUUCUUUCGCCAGCUCAGAGAUUUACAAAGGGACAGAAAAAAAACACACAAACAGGUGGAACACUUAUUUCAGUUUGAAAAAGAAUAAGAAUUUUUUUUCCAAUGAGAACAAUAAUAAAAACAGUGAAAGCGCUUACAUCUCCAAGAGGAUUAGCGCAGUUUCCUUUAAGCAAAUCUCGAAGGAAAAGUUGCUUUCCAUGAACAGCUACGCGAGUAAUCGCAAUAGUGAGAGUGGAGCAGCUGGCGUGGACAGGAAAUACAAACCCAAGUCACGAAACUUCGAUGAAAACAUCUUCGAAUUCGCUUCCUUAGUUAAUGAGAAGGGUUCCCGCAGCAACAUUGCUAGUAACGUCGCUAACAGCGUCCCACAUAACUUCUCAAAUAAGUUCUCAAAUAACAGCGCGAAUGUGCCUCCCUCAGUGUAUGAUGACGGAGGAACCUCCAGAAAGACGGACGAUCGCAAUACCAUACAACACUCCGAUUUUGACUUAGACAAAUGUAGAGACCCCCGAAUGACGGAUAACUAUGCCUCCGAGUCCAAUGCCUACUUGGAUGCCAUCAACUAUCAAUCCAGCUCCCUCGAUGAGGAAUGCCUAAUUUACACCUCCAACUAUCUUGGAUACAGACUUAUACUAAGAAACAAAAACACCAUGUGCGUAGAAAUUGAUGGAAAUUUGCACAAGUGGACUAUUAUCGGGAUUAAUGAAUUCACGAACAAGAGGGGAAGGAUGUCUAUUGUUGUCAAGCCAGAGUUUAUGCAGUCCGGCUCCAUUCUCUAUGUGAAGGGAUCCGACACCUCCAUCCUGUCCAUGCUCGACUUGAAGUAUAGUAGUUUUUUGGAAAAGGCAGGAAAACGAAAGAGAAGGAAGAGAAAGGUGCACAAGGAAAGGAGCGAAUGUUGCAGAUUCGCGAAGCGAUACCGGCAGCUAGAAAAGCAACUACGCAAGUUCUCCGUCAAGGGGCUAAGAACCAUGGUAUUUGCCUUUAAAUAUCUAAACGAAGAAGAAACGCUCAAGUAUAAAAAAAUGUACGACGAUGCGUGCGUGUCAAUAUACAACAAAGAGGAGAGACUAGAGAAGGUAGCCGAAUCAGUGGAGACGGAGUUAACCUACUUAGGAAUUACCGGGGUUAAGGAUAGGUUACAAAAAAAGGUAUCUAAAACGAUAGAGAUUUUGGGACAGUCGGGGAUCCGAAUAUGGAUGCUCACAGGAGACAAUGUAGAGUACUCAUUACAUAUUUCCUUUUUGUGUAAAUUUUUAAAUUCACACACGAAAAUAUUUCAUGCCAUGUUGGAAAAUACGAAUUGUAAGAAAUUAAAACGAGAAGGAAAAGCGUUGUAUGAAUUAUUCCAAUUAGAGAAGGAAGAAAAAAAGAGUCAUGAAAAGUUAUGUCUACUAAUCAAUGGAAAGAAUUUACAAACCUUUUUAAACCAUAGUGAUUUACAAACCCAUUUUCUAAACAUGGCAUGCAGUUCCGAUGUAGUCAUAGCCUGUAGAAUAACUGCAAAGCAGAAAGCAUUCAUUGUACAAUUAAUAAAGCAUAGACUAACUCCAACUCCGAACACAUUAGCCAUUGGAGAUGGAGCAAAUGAUAUAGCAAUGUUGCAGGAAGCAAAUAUAGGAGUGAGUAUCAUGACCCCUGAAUGUAUAAUUUCUUCUGGCUAUUCAGAUUAUUGUAUACAAAAUUUCUCUUAUCUUCGCAAGUUAUUAUUUAUAUAUGGCUCCAAGCAUUUAUACACCAUGAGCAUUAUCCUAUACUGGAAUUUUUUUAAAAACAUUGUCCUCAUAUUACCCGUUUUUUUUUAUCAAGCAUAUGCAUCAUGGAGUUGUGUAAAAAUAUACCCAGAAUUGCUAUACACCUUUUUCAACAUUUUCUGGAUUUUCAUUCCCGUCAUUUAUUACGCCUUCUUGCAGCACAAUUUGAAUUAUGACGUACUAUAUAACAUUCCUUUAUUUUAUGCCCUCAGUAGAAGGAAGUACAACAUGAGUACGUUGAAAUUUUUCCCUUGGGUUGUCGAAGGUAUUUUUUAUUCUAUUGUUGUGUUUUUUUUUGCGUACACAGCACUUCGGGAAAAUUCACACUUGAGUAAUGGGGAAGUCGUUACCAUUAGCACAUUUGGCAAUAUUUGUUUUCUUGGUUGUUUUUUAAUAUCAAUUGUUCGUCUUUUUCUGGAAGGAUCUUUAUGGUCGCCAUCCAUACUGAUCACCUGUUUUGGUUUCUUUCUUUUUGUCUUUUUCCCCUCUAUUCUAUUUUUAUUAUUUGCUUAUAUUUCUAAUGAGUACAUAAGGGAGGUCUUCAGACAAACCUUCAUGUGGGCUCCUCUCUACAUUCUCCUAACCCUAUGGUUUACUACUUGCAUCAUCUGCUAUAUAUUUAUUAAUUUUGUAAAAGCUGUGAUGUUCCCAAAUAUCUACAGCGUUGUCAACCAUUGGCUGUUCGAGCAGUACCAGGAGAAGCACAGCAAGUACAAGUACGUCUAUUUCCUAUCGGGCAAAAAAAAAUUCAUAAAUUUAAAAAAAAUUGGAAGAAAUUUUAAGCACAGAUUUAGCAAAACGGCCCACAAUACAUGCAAAUUUAAGCCAAAUAUGAAGCAGUUAAGUAAGGAACAAGAUUACGAAAUGAACAAUAAGAAAUGCCCAACCAAACAGAGAAAUCUACGCAACUCCUACACCUCUUCCUCCAAAGGAUUCAACAAAGAGGCAAAUUCAAAUUUUGGCCAAGGGGUAUUUGAUGGAGAGGAUGUUUGCCUCGGCUGCAAUGAUGAUACACAGUUCGAUGAAGAGAAAACAUAUGGCAGCGCCAGAGUUACUUUGUGCGAACAGGCUGUUCACGGGAUGGAAAAUUUUAAUCACUCAGACGAUGCAAGUGACAAGUGGAACGAGCCAGGAGACACCACAAAGAAGAAGAAGAUGAUGAAGAAGCCAAGUGGACGUAGAAAGGAAAGAUGGGACAAUUUAAACGGCGGAAAUGACAACGAGGUUCGACAGGAAAAAAAAGCGGGGAGAUCAACAGAGCAGAAGGAAAAAUCCUGCUUGGAGAACAAAAACGGAAGGGAACAUCGCAAAGGUGAAGAUGUUCUUAAAAGUGGCACGGAACAGAAUAGAGACACCGCACCAUCCAAAAAGGAAGUGGCGAUGAAGUUGCCACAGGGCAAAGUCGAAGCACAUGAGGACGUGGAACUGCCAGCAUUGAAGAAAAAGCAAGCCAAUAGUGUGACAUCCGGAACAGCGAUUGACGAAGCACCAAAUGGGGGAACGGCACAUGGCGAAAUGCCCAAUGACGAGUGUGACCGAGUAGACCUCAUCGACUCGGCCUCCGACGAAUACACCGAGUCGUCCAUUCCCAGAAUUGAUGAAUCCAUGAUGGUGGAACUGAAAAAUUGCUUGAACCCGUUAAAGAACACCUUUCUAGUGGAUUUGCUACCCCAAGGAAAGCGCUUCCGAAUUAAUGAAGAACACAUAUUUUUUAAAAACAACGAAAGGAUGGAACACAUUCCAGAACCGCUUGAUGUGAACAAGAGGAACUAUCACAUUAUACAAAAUAAACCUGAGUUUUACGACAACGAAUCCACGUCCGAGUUCUCUUACACAAGUACAGAUAGCAUGAAUGACAAUAAUGGAAAAAAGAAAAAGAAAAAGGAAGACGCACAAAAAGAAAUUGUUAAAGUUAGCAACUUAAUUAAUAGAUUUACCUUAGCAUUUAAGGACAUGCAACUAGAGUCAGGGUUUCAAAUUCAUAAGAAGAAUAAAUUUUACAAAAUUUUUACCCCUUGGUACAGAUUCAUUUUUAUCCUCCUAGGUGUCUUUUUUCUCUACAUUUGGAAAUUAGAAUCAUCACUGAGUAAGUACUGGAAUAUAUCAUCAAACGCUUCCACCGAUUUGUUCAUUCUCAUCUUGUCCUUACUACUAGAAUUAGUCCUCAUGGCAGCAACGGUUACAACUUUUUUCCAAAAUAUAUUCAUAGAAAAUUUUAACAAAAUUAUCAGUGCUCUGGUGAUAUUAAUCAUAACGCAUCAUGUAGUUACUUACUCCAUUACCCACAUCGAUGGAGUUUUCCAAGCAGUUCUUUUCCCACUCUACACAUUUGUCAUUUUGAGAUUACCUUUUGUUAAUGCCGUAUUGUGUAACAUUAUUUUUUUAAGUCUCUUCAUCAUCAGAUUUAAAGGGGAUCACUUCUUAGACAAAAAAGGACUAGCACAUUACAUACCUUUAUUUAUCGGGGUCGAUGUGUUUGUAGGUUUUGUCGGGUACCGCUUGGAAUAUAAUCAAAGAAAAAAUUUCCUCUUAGAAUAUUCAGUGGAGGCGUCCAGACGAAAACAAAGAGAAAUAUUAAACACCAUGCUUCCCCCGUUUGUUGUUGAUGAAAUGAUUUACUCUGAACUGAAUGAAGAAGGAAUCCCCAUUUCGUUAAAAGCAGAAGAUAUAGAAACCGUUACCAUAAUCUUUUGUGACAUUUAUGACUUCCAAAAUAUCGUUGCUAGUAUUGAACCUACAAGGCUGGUCGAGGUGCUGGACAGAUUAUUCCUCUGCUUUGACAAAUGCACAGAACAGUUUAACUGCACCAAAAUUGAAACCGUCUUCGAAACCUAUCUUGCUGCAUGCGGGUUGGUAAAGAAAGAGGGAAGUGAGUCUCAGGAAAAUAAAGGCCAACGGGAUGCACACGAUUCCAUCGACUUUGCAUUGUCAAUUCUGCAGGUUAGCAGCCACAUGAAAUACGAGAGGACAAAGCAUAUGUUCAAAGCUGGAGACUCUUUUGGCAGUGGGACAGAGGGCAGUAUGGAGGUGGAAGCGAACAAAAACGCACUCCCCACUGAUACCGCAACAACAACCGGCGCUAAUGCUGUCGCGGCCGCUAAUAUUACCACCAACGCUAAUAUUGGCAACGCCGCGGACAGAGGCCCCACCAGAAUCAGAGUCAAGAUAGGAAUAAAUUCGGGCAGAAUCAUAGCAGGUGUCGUGGGGUCAAAGAAGCCACAGUACGCCCUGUUUGGAGACACAGUGAACACAGCAUCUAGAAUGAAGACGACUGGCAAGCCGGACUACAUACACAUAUCCGAAGCAACUUACGAUUUGGUAAAGGAUGACAAAACAUUGAUAUAUGAAAAGAAGGAAACAGAAAUUAAAGGAAAGGGAACGAUGACUACAUACCUCCUCACAUCUGUCAUAGGGUUGAACUAUCCAUUUUUAGAAGAACCCACAGACGGAAAGGGUAAUAAUUUCGUAUCCGAUUUCUACAUGGAGAGUAAUGACCCAAGUAACAACAUAAACCUGGACCAAACACACAACCUAUUAGGCUUCUACUCAAACAAAGUUAACCAAAACAAUGAGUAUUACAUAAAUGAUACCAUAUAUAAUGACGAGUACAGUUUUAACGAAUCUGAUAAUGACACAAACAAAGAGUACGUCAAUUUGAAAGAUCUGUCUCUUCAAGAUUUCCCCAAUGAGUACAUUAGAGAUGUCAAUACCCAUUUCUACGAAAUUAUUAAAUUGAGAAAUUUAAAAAUAGGCACAGCUGUAGGACAUCAAUUGAAACAGAAAGAUGUCCUCAACAUGACCUUUUUAAAUAAUGGCCUCAACAAUGAUACGACAACAAAUUUCAACCCUUACAUUGAAAGUAAUAAUAAUUUGGAAGAGAUAAAAGAACUCGAUGUAGGGGUGAACAAACUCUCCCUCAGUGACUCCCUAUAUUACUUAAAUGAUAAUUUAAUAAAAAAGGAUCCAGAAAAUCACAACCUUCACCACAGACAUAAUAAACUGGGAACGCAGGAAAUAAUAAUUGAUCAGCAUACUAAACAGAGCAUACAAAAUUUUACACAUUCUAAUAGAGACCUUCUGGAAAACAAUGAAGAUGAUUACAAGGACAUCCAACUGUGUACGCGGAAAUGCAACUCCUGUGGUGAAAACUACUGUACUCCAUAUGACUGUGUCAAUUACGAUCAUGUGAAUCAUGUCUCGUAUCACAAAAUGUUGAGUAACAUAAGGAUGAACUAUCUCAAGAAUAUUAGGAAGGAUGCGAAAAAGGAUGCAGACAGGAAGGAAGAAAUGGAUGGACGGGGAUCCAAGGGGGGGCUGCUAUCCCCCAGCUAUGUGGCUUCGUGCUUAUCGAAGGUGUUUUGCAUUUGGAGAUGGGGAAAGCGGAAGGAAAGUUGCAACGGCAGGGGCAAGCCCCGACUGGAUGAACGGAAAACAAGCGCAACGCGAAUCCCCCCUCCGAGGAACCACCCAAAAAAGACACCCCACAUGAUCGAAAAGGAGGACAAAUUCAAACGAGUAAUAUCACUCAACAGCGAGUGGAUCUUCCUCAAAUUUAGCGACAAAAAUUUGGAGGCAAAGUACAGAGCCCAUUUCUACAGUAACAAAUCCAAUAUCAACUCGAUCGAGCAGGCUCUCAUCAUAUUCCUAGUUACCUUCGUCAUGCAAACCCUAAUCUCAAGCACGGUUUCCAUCGUUUUUGUGGACCACAAAUUUGCAACACAGACGUUAGAAGUGAACUACUUUGCUUACUGGUCUGUGCGUUCUCUCUACACUUACCUUGGCUUUAUCCUUUGGCUACUUUUUCACUACAGAACGAGGCCUGAAGUAUCUUCCCUCCUAAAUAUAAAGUGGAUGAUAUUUUUCCUCAAUUUAUUAUUCAUAUCUGCCGCUUGCGUUUUUUCCAUUGCAUACUUAUGGGCCAUUUCAGGCACCGACCAGACAACCUCAUACACCAUAUGGAUGACCAAUGAUACAAUAGAAUUUUUUUUUUACUUAGUUAUCUUACACCAUAACACAGGGAUGCUAUUUCAGACAUGCAUCCUGGUCGAUCUAUUAUUCAUUACCAUGUCUUUAACUUUCAUAUCAACUAGCGUGGUCAAAACUAUCACAACGGACUCUACUGUAAUGUUGAUCCCCUGGUAUGUGACCUUCAAUUUGAUAUCUACCUAUUGCAAGGAAUCCAUAGAUAGGAGAACGUUUUAUGCAAAUGAAAGUGCCAAGAAGACAGAAAACAGAGCAACAGAGCUUCUUAACGAUAUGCUUCCAAAACACGUGUUAGAAGAGUUUCAACAGGAUAGACUGAAGCUUGCCUACACACACGAUCGAUUAACUUUUCUUUUUGCGGACAUAUGUGGAUUUACUUCUUGGGCUAAUGGAGUGGAUGCAUCUGAAGUGUUAACAUUACUACAGAAAUUAUUUGCCAAAUUUGACAACGACAGUACUAAAUAUGGGUUAUACAAAUUAUGCACCAUCGGGGAUGCAUAUGUAGCUAUAAGUGAGCCAGUCACUGAAGACAACCAAGAUUAUGAUCCUGUAGAUGGAACGGAAAGGGUACUCGAAAUGGCAUAUUCCAUGAUAAGAAUUAUAAAAGAAAUAAGAGAGAAAUUAUGUAUCCCUAAUUUAAAUAUGCGCAUUGGAUUACAUUAUGGGUCAUGUGUCGGAGGAGUUAUCGGAUCUGGUCGAUUACGAUAUGACCUAUGGGGAAUUGAUGUUCUCACUGGAAAUCUCAUGGAGAGUAACGGAGUCCCUGGAAAAAUUAACGUCUCUGAAACACUUAAGAAUUUUCUCCUACAACAGUUUAAAAAUAGAUUCAUAUUUAAACCACAUACUACUGUUCGAGUCAUCUACAAGGAUGUCAAAUCUUUUAUAAUAACUGAUAAGAAAGAAAUCGAUGCGACCAAUAACUCCAAGAACUUAAACAACCGGGGGUACCUACUCAACCGAAAAAUACGCAGACAGAAACACUUGGAUGCUGACCUUCUAUUUGAUGGUAAGAGGCCCGAUACCUUCACUGGCUCCAUGUGCAACUCCAAUUCGUUUGAUAAUAGCCAGGCGCUCAACAGAGAUUUGUAUUACAUCAAUGUGAAAGAUGAGGAGUCCAGCUUGUAG